UUUUUUUUCCUAUAGAAAGGUUUAUAUUUUGAGUCUGAUAUGCGUAAAAAACAUACAAAUAUAUCUAAAAAUAAAGAACGAAAACACACGAUUGACUGUGAUUUUAGUUUUAAUGAACAAGAUGAUAGCAUAGAUGAAUUGGCAUCGUCUUUAAAAUCAAAAAGAAAUCAUACGAAUAAAGAAACUCCAUUGCGGAAAAUAUCAAAUAUAGGAAAAUUUGACUUAUCUGAGAAAGAAAAUAUUUUUUCAAGAUAUUCUGAAACAAUAGAAGCAAAUAGUUGCAAAAAGCGCUUUGAAAAGGGUACUACUCUGGAAAAUAACUCCAAAGGUAGUCAAAAACAUGUUCAACAAGAGGUAUUACAAAUAAGACAAAAUGAUUCGAAACGUAAGUUUUUAGAUAUUUAUGACGAAAAUAUCGAUAUGGAAAAAAGGCUUGAAGAGACAAUUCGAAAAAUGGAAGAGUUUGAGGAAAAAUAUAACUGUCUUAAAAAUCUUCGUCAGACAGAAGUUGAGUCUAAUUUUCUUGCUUAUCAAGAAAUAGCUGAAUCUAGGUUUAAGGCUUCUCAAGCACUUAUUGAUAGUCUUACUAAGGAUAUGGACAUUAAGGAUAAGAGAUUGAACGAAUUGUCAUCUUGUCUAGUUGAUUUAAAAGCACAAAAGAAAGAGUUUGAAAAAAUAUCUGAAAAUUUGAAAUCUACAGAACAAGCUCUUAAUCAUGCAAAAUCGCAAAUUUCAUAUUUAAAUACGAAACUUUCUUCACGCUCUAAGUUGUCUAUGGUGCAAUUGAAAGAAGAACUUUAUAGUGAUUUAACAGGAUUGCUUAUUCGUGAUGUUAAGUCGGAUUCUAAAAAGACUGUUUUUGAUUGUUUGCAGACAGGCCGUAAUGGAACUCUUCAUUUUAAGCUUUCUCUUUUUUCUGACCCUUCUUCUCAUUUACAUGAGCGAUUUUCUUAUACUCCUCUUUUUGAUCAAGAACGAGAUGCUUUUCUUUUGAAUUGUUUACCAGAAUAUCUCACUGAUGAAAUUAUAUUUGAAAAAGACCAAGCUGCUAUGUUUAGUUGGAGAUUAUCAAGUGCUUUACAAAAGAAGGAUUGAUUAGCAACAUUGUAAUUAUUUCAGUUUGU